UGAGCGAGGAAGGUGAUUCAACUUGCACGCUCGGUUUUAGCACUUUUGAUUAAUGAGCGUUGAAUACUUUGAAAAUAUUGAGACUCCAAAUCCAAAUGAGCUUGUUCUUAGGCAAAACCAAUCAAUAAAAUUGAAUCAAAAUUUAAAUCUCCAUCGAUCAUCUUUUGCGGCGUCUUCAUUUUCCUAUGUGCAAGACUAAAAUGGCGAUCGACGCCGCCAAUCCCACACGAACCCCACGCACGCAAUCGGAAUCGCAAUUGCAAUCACAACGCGCCCCGCAAACACCGAGGACCACAUCGUCAAGACCGACACGUGUCCCCUCUUCGUUCUCCGACAAUCCUUCAACCUCUUACGGCGGCAGCGGCAGCAGCACCGCACACUACAGCGGCUCCACCGGCUACAGACUCUCCUCCGACACCUCCAUUUCAAGCCGAACAUCCCUCACCAGCCUCCGUGACACCCUCCCAGAAAACCCUAACAUUUACGACUACUCCGAAAUCUGCGUCGCCACCAACAACUUCCUCGCCAAACGCUACUCCUCCUCUACUCUUUGCUGGCGCUGCACGCUCCGCGGCGCUGACGUCAUUGUUUUCCAGCGCAAGUUCCGGCGAAAACUCCAAACCUCACAGCUCCGAGAACUUCUCUCCGUCAUUUGCCGGAGCCACCACGUCAGCAUCAUAAAACUUCUCGGCGCAUCAAUCUCCGGCGACCACAUCUACCUCGUCUACGAGUUCGUCAACGGAGCAAGCCUCUCCGAUUGCCUUCGCAACGCGAGGAACGUUCACUUCACGGUGCUUUCUACGUGGAUGUCGAGAAUGCAGGUAGCUACGGAUCUCGCUCAUGGCCUCGAUUACAUUCACAGUAAGACGGGUUUGAACAUCAACUUCGUUCACAACCACAUCAAGAGCAGUGCCAUCAUCGUCACAGAGCCUUCCUUCAACGCUAGGGUUUGCCAUUUCGGCGCCGCGCAGCUCUGCGGCGAAAUCGAGAUCGAGAAUGAACAAUUGGGGGAAAUCACCGAAGAACCCUCGUCGCCGGCGAGAUCCAAGCAAUUCCGGCGAUCGGGGAGCAACAACGGGCAAUUCGAAGGCGUCCGAGGGUACAUGUCGCCGGAAUUUCAAGCCACCGGCGUGCCGACUCAGGAGUCCGAUGUGUACGCUUUCGGAGUGGUGAUGCUGGAGCUGUUGUCCGGCGAGGAGCCGUUGAAGUUCAGGUUGGAUGAGAAGACGCGCGAUAUCGUGAGGACGUCGGUGAUUGACACGGCAAAGGCCGCCGUGGACGGCGGCGAGGGUAGCGUGGAAGGGAAGCUGAGGAAGUGGGUGGAUAAGAGGCUGAAAGAUUCGUUUCCCGUGGACGUAGCGGAGAGGUUGACACGUGUAGCGCUGGAAUGCGUACACGUGGAUCCAGAUAAGAGGCCCAACAUGGGACGCGUCGCUGGCAAGAUUUCAACGCUUUAUUUGAAGUCGCGGAAUUGGUCUGAGAGCAUUAAGAUGCCUAAUGAUAUUUCUGUUUCAUUGGUUCCUCGAUGAGUUUCUUCUUAGUUCUUAUUCUUAUUGGCGGCUUUCAUUUCUUAAUUGGUUUUUUCAGAGAGAACAAAAUUAACAUUGACCAUGUUUUCAUUUUGGAUACAAUGGUUUGAUUGUGAUGCCAGUGGUGGAAUAUGUAUAUUUUAUAAACAGUGUUGUUACUUUCAGAAAGAUAGGCAAAUUAUUUUAUAUUUGGAAAUUAAACGUAAUAUCUGUUCCUGUAAAGUAAAACAUCCUUCCUUUUGCUUCCAACAAAGUUUGCUUU